AUGCCGCCUUCCAAGACUGAAGUUAUCCUCACGGGGAUCGACAACUGGGAUGACUGGCAGAAGUUUGUUGCAAGCUUAAUUGAUAUAGACAUCUGGGAGGCAAUCAAGCCAACCAACCGAACUCAAGUGCUUCUACGAAAGCCAAGAAGACCGCAAGUAUCUGAUUUUAACGCAAACGCUCAGACUGAAGUCAAUCUUUCGGCAUCUCAAGUCAAUGCUUUCAGACUAGCCCGCGAUAAUUGGAAAGACAGUUCCAAAGAGUAUGAGCAGCAGAAAAACAAUCUCAUCAAAGCGAAAAGUGUUGUUAUCAGCCAUGUGGAUGAUAGAUUAGGUCGUUAUCUUGAUCAAGACCAAGAUCUCCCCCGCUGGAUUGACAGUCUAUCUGUAGCAGUCAACGCCGAACAAACCAAGGCAACAGACGCACUUGUGCUAGAAUAUCAGAAGAUCAUCCAGUCAUUCAGUUGCACCGAUUCAACGAGUUUUGCUAGCUGGAUCUGGAAGUGGGAGAAUUUCCUCCUGAAAGCUGCACGACAUCGAAUGCUUGAAGUAGCAGGUGGUCGUUGGUUAUUCGACAUCGCCCGCCUUAUGGCCAAACAUAACGGCAACUUCACCGAUAACUGCAGACAAGCAGCAGAAUCACUUGUUUUAAAGACAAAAGACUACAACCAAGCCGUCGAGCGAGGAGUACAACAGCUAUUACAUCUAAACGACCUCAGUGACCAUGGCAGACUACGAGAAGCCGCACUGGCAAUUCAAGGGGCUCUAAUUCACACCCCUCCCAAUGCCACGGACGCGAGCAAGGAAUGGUCAAUUGCAAGUGUAGCAGUCAAGUUACGGACCUGGGCUAGCUCAGCCUUGCCAUCACAAGCAAACCCUACAGUUAAACGGGGAACUGCUUUUCAAGCCGCUAGGGACGAACCCAACGAUGACGCCGGCACAAAGAAAGGACGACCCAGCAAGAAGAGACCUAGGUCGGAAAAGAACCAAGAAAGCAUUAAAAGACAGGCCACCAGUUGUGAAGCCUGUGGGGCUCCUUGGCAUGACCUUAAUUCUUGCUGGAAUGCGAUUCCUGAAUUGAGACCAAAAGGGUCUACGCCGAACGAGCGUUGGGUUAGCGUUGCUAAAAAGGCUCUAGCUGCGGACCCUGUAUUAAAAGCUAAGGUUGACAAAAUACGCGAGGCAGCCAGGAACCGAGAAAAAGAAGAAUCAGAUUGA